AUGUCAGUUGGCGCAGAUCAGGAAACUCCCCUGUCUGGUACUGCAAGCCAAACUCCCUCCUUUGCUCUCAACGCGACAUCGGAUACAGAUGAGUCUCACGCCGUCGACCCCUCAAGCCUGACUACCUACGAGAAGAGACUUUACGACUUCUUAUGCUCUCAAGAAUGGACUGAUACACAGUGUUCUUGUUUCAUCGCUCAUAUCGAGCAGAUGAAAGAAGCCCUCUCGCACCAUUUCUACUCGCAAGGUUGGAAUACCGUUCAAGUGCAGCGUCUCCACGAGGAAUGUGAGAUGGAAUUUCCAGAGCAUUUCCCAGCUCCUAGAGGUGAUGCCGAGCAACAAGAUCUGCAGAUGCAGCUGAGAUUCGUCGAAGAAAUGAAUCGUCGAAGGGCGAUUGGCGAGCGCAUGUGCCCUUCAAUAGGCACUAUGGACGGGGGAGAUUGA